AUGGGUGCGCCGAAGCAGAGGUGGACGUCGGAGGAGGAAGCCGCGCUCAAGGCCGGCGUGGCCAAGCACGGGCCGGGAAAGUGGCGGACCAUCCUCCGCGACACGGACUUCAGCGCCGUCCUGCGCCUCCGAUCCAAUGUUGACCUCAAGGACAAGUGGCGCAACUUGAGUGUUACUGCUGGAGGAUAUGGCUCAAGAGAAAAGGCAAGAAUGGCGUUGAAGCAAGGCAAGCGUGUUCCCAAGGUUAACAUUGAACCAAUGGACGUUGAUGCAGAUAAUCUGGACAAUGUUCAUGAUACAGUCAUUGAUGCAAAACCAUUGGCAGUGGUUGUUGAACCCAGCCAGCGUGAAUGCAGUUCAGAGAAGUCAGUUGCUAGGUUAGUGGCACUCUGGCUUGAUGAUCUCAUAUUGGAAGCUAUAAAGAAGCUUAAGGAGUCUUCCGGAUCAAAUAAAACGGCCAUCGCUUCAUACAUUGAGGAGCAAUACUGGCCACCUGCUGAUUUUCAACGCUUACUAUCAACAAAAUUGAAGGCACUGGUUGCUACUGGAAAAUUGAUGAAGUCCAACCAAAAAUACAGAAUUGCACCGAGUUCAGUCUCGUUAGGUGGAAGGAGCACCAAGGUGCACUCAACAGAAGACGACAAACAAAAUAUUUGUAUUAGACAACUAACUAAGCCUCAAGUGGAUGCUGAACUGGAUAUGAUGACACACAUGAAUAAGGAAGAGGCAGCAGCAUUUGCUGCCAAGGCAGUUGCUGAGGCAGAAGUUGCCAAUGCGGAGGCUGAAGAAGCAGCAAGGGCUGCAGAAGCUGCAGAAGCUGAGGCUGAAGCUGCAAAGGCUUUUCUCGAUGCCGUCAUGUUGACUGUGCAAAACAAAAAUGCUGCCUCUGCGAUUCUUCGAGCUUGCUGA